GGAGUCGAGAACCUGACACUUUGGAUCUCUGCUUCUAGCCCCCGUCCCUUUUUUAUCUCUCUUGUACAUUUCAUGGUUUUCUGUCAAGUAUUACUUUCACAAGAACGGUCCUCUCUUUCACACUGACGCGCUAUCACACAAUCUGUCUGGAGAAGACGCUACAGGGGUCACCAUUGGAGGGCGAUUAAUCUCCACCAACAUUCACCCUUGUGCCCUUUUAGUAUUCUUACACGAUAUCCUUAUAUUUACUCGACACCCUCACCACUCUUCCUCCUCCUCCCAUCCUCCUCGACUCCUCUCUACCUCCCUCCACACCACCCACCGCCACCAUCAUGGCCUCCAAGGCGAUGUGGGAGGUCGACCCCGAGACUCGUACUAAGUUGGCACAGUUGGGUAAAAAGGAGGGCGCAGGUAACGACAAAUGCUGUGACUGCGGCGCACCUUCACCGCAAUGGGCAUCCCCCAAAUUCUCCACCUUUAUCUGCCUACAAUGCGCCGGCGUGCACCGCGGACUAGGUGUGCACGUGUCCUUCGUACGGUCCAUCAGCAUGGACGCGUUCAAACAAGCCGAGAUCCUACGAAUGCAAUACGGAGGCAACCGAGCAUGGCAGGAUUUCUACAACUCACACGCAGCUAUCCCCUUUGACGAGGCGACUAUCAAGGAGCGAUACGACGGCGACAUCGGCGAGGAGUGGAAAGAGAGACUCUCAGCCAAAGUCGAGGACCGUGAAUUUGACCAAGCAGCAUUUGAAAAGGAGAGGGAAGAAACCAAGAAGAGAAUAGCAGAAAAGGCAGCAGCACAAACUCAAGGAACCUCAGGAUCAAGAAGCGCCACACCCAGCGGAACAGGGAGAAACGCCAUCGGACCUAGAUCGACCUCGGCGAUGGGCAAUGGAAGCAGGACGCAGAGUCCUGCGCCCCCGGGAGCAAAAGGAGGGAGAAUCACUGCGGAGCAAAAGUCUCAGAAUGAGGCAUACUUCUCGCGUAUGGGAGAGGCCAACGCCAGCAGACCGGACAAUCUCCCUCCUAGUCAAGGUGGUAAAUAUGCUGGGUUUGGCAGUGCACCGCCAGAGCCCUCACAGGGAAGUGGUGGAUUGCCAACGGCAGACGAAUUCUCUCAGAACCCUAUCGGCGCCUUGACGAAAGGAUUCGGUUGGUUUUCUGCAACCGUCAGCAAACAGGCAAAGGCUGUGAAUGAUUCGUAUAUCCAGCCGACGGCGAAAAAUAUCGCAUCCACCGACUUCGCUGCCCAAGCACGAAAUGCCGCUCUCGCCGCAGGACAAGGAAUCCAAACCGGAGCCAAAGGAGCCGCGGAUCAAUUCAACCGCUUCGUCGAAGGUCAAGACGAACAAGCGGCCAAAUCGGCCGCACGCCGUACCAAGGUUGAGCCAGAGAAAAAGGAUUUCUGGGACAGUUUCGGUGUGCCUGAUGAAUCGUCAUCGGCGUCAAAACCGAGCAGCAGUAUUGGUACAAGUGCGAUGAAGAAGAUGAAUCAUGUUCAGGCGAAUCCGCCGCUGAAGAAUAAGAAUAAGGAGGAUGGGUGGGGGGAUGAUUGGUGAUGAUUGAGGGGUUCGUUCGGUCUAUAUCUAUAGAUGGGCUGGGUGGACGAUGUACAUGUCUAUAUAUGCAUAUUAGUAUAUGGAUAUUGGAUAUUGGAAACAAAACGAGUAGAUGAGUGGAUGAUUGGAUAUGAUGAACAAGUGUGAUUGAUAUGCGUGGGGACAUAGUUAUCUAUUAGAUACCUAGUACUUUGUAUGGAUGAGAUACGAAUAAACAUA